AUGGCUAGCCCUAAUGUUCUUACCUUUGAUGCUGAGGGGCGUGCGGUUGACUUUGACGUGUGGGUUGACGACCUACAGCUCUUUCUUCAGUGUGACUCCAAGGACGGAGUAUCCCUUUUCGAUCACACGUCUGGUGUCUCUCCUGCACCUGCUGCCACUGCUGACAGUACGGUUCGCUCGCAGUGGACCACUCGUGAGGCUGUUGCUCGCCUUGCUGUUCAUAGUCACCUGCCGUCUGCUGAGCGCGCGCACUUUGGCCAGUACAAGACUGCUAAGUCUUUGUAUGACGCUGUCGUAGCGCGCUACUCCUCCCCUGCCACUGCUGCCCUCAGUCGCCUCAUGCCGCCGUACCUGUUCCCUGACCUUGCCGCCUUUGCCACAGUCGCUGACCUCAUUACUCACCUCCGCACUAGUGACGCCCGCUACCGCGCUGCGCUUCCCACUGAGUUCUGUGCCAAGAACCCCCCCUCCAUGUACAUCACCCUCUACUACCUAGUCACCCGUCUCCCUGGCUCCCUUUCUUCAGUCAGGGACCACUUUCUCUCCCUUUACCCCACCGAGCUCACCAUCGACCUGCUAGAGGAGCGCCUCACUGCAGCUGAGAAGACUUUGAGGAGGUCGGGGCUGCGUCUGCUCCUAGUGGGAGGCGCCGCAACAGCAAGGGCAAGGGGGGCAAGGGUGGUGGAGGGGACGGUGGGGGCGGCGGUGGAGGCGGUGGAGGAGGCGGAGGGGGUGGCGGUGGAGGUGGGGGUGGUGGCGGGAGUAGGGGCGUCGGUGGCGGCGGUGGGGGUGGUGGAGGCAGCGGCAGCGGCGGUGGAGGCAGCGGCAGCGGUGGUGGAGGUGGCGGCGGCGGUGGUGUUGGUCGAGGUGGAGCCGCGCAGCGUGGAGGCUUUGGUGGUAGCCGCGUCUGGUCAGGUGUUUGCUGCCGCGUCCAGGUCUAGUCCGGCGUCUGCCCCCUGCUCGUGUCGUCCUCUGUCACACGAGACUCUCCUUUGGCACCACCGCCUUGGUCACCCCUCCCUGCCUCGUCUUCGAGGUAUGGCCUCCCGUACCCUUGUCUCUGGUCUCCCCCGGUCCCUCCCUCCCCUUCCUCCGGGGCCGGCCCCUACCUGUGUUCCUUGUGUUGAGGGCCGGCAACGCGCCGCUCCUCACUCUUCCGAGUUCCCUCCGACAGAGGCUCCCCUGCAUACUCUCCACAUGGACGUGUGGGGCCCAGCCCGCGUCCGUGGACAGGGUCACGAGCGUUACUUCCUGCUGGUCGUUGACGACUACUCGCGUUACACCACAGUCUUCCCCUUGCGCCGCAAGGACAGGGGUGGUGAGUUUUCCUCCGACCUUCUAAGGGCUUUCUGUCGUGCGGAGGGCAUCCGCCAGACGUUCACGCUUCCGGCCUCCCCACAGCAAAAUGGGAUUGCUGAGCUCCGCAUUGGCAUGGUCAUGGACGUCGCUCGUACGUCCAUGAUCCAUGCGGCUGCUCCCCAUUUUCUGUGGCCGUUCGCGGUUCAGUACGCUGCGCAUCAGAUCAACCUUCAGCCUCGUGUCUCCUUGCCGGAGACCACACCUACUCUGCGGUGGACGGGGAAGGUUGGCGAUGCGUCUGUGUUCCGUGUCUGGGGAUCUCGAGCUUUUGUCCGCGAUUCUUCCGCGGACAAGCUGUCCUCCCGUGCUGUUCCCUGCGUCUUCCUUGGCUUCCCCCCUGACGCGCCUGGGUGGCAGUUUUACCACCCCACCUCGCGUCGUGUUCUGUCCUCUCAGGACGUCACGUUUGACGAGUCGGUAUCUUACAACCGUCUCUUUCCCUACCGCACUGCCCCUCUCCCCCCCCUGCCGCUCUUCCUCGCACCAGGUGCUCCUCCGGUAGACCCCCUCCCCCCUCAGGGUCCUGCCCCCUCAGGUGUGUCCCAGGUAGACCCUGUCGAGCCUGUCGAGGUAGCUGUCGACUCUGGUGCUGCUAGGGGUGCUGAGCCUACGGGUGCGGGGCCUGGGGGUGCUGAGCCUAGGGUUGCUGAGUCUGAGGGUGCGGAGCCUGGGGGUGCUGAGCCUGAGCGUGUGGAGCCUGGGGGUGCUGAGCCUGGGGGUGCUGAGUCUGGGGGUGCUGAGCCUGAGUGUGCUGAGUCUGGAGGUGCUCCGGGUGUCCCGUCACGGCGGGAGCCCCUCUCUCCACAGCGGCUACGUGAGUGGUACGCUCGGCGCUGUAGCCGUGCUGCUGGAGCUACGGGGCCUGCUGCUGGAGGUGCUUCUGGAGCUGGAGCUGCUGGAGGUGCUGCUGGUGCUGGAGCUGCUGGAGCCGCUGGUCCUGGAGGUGCUCGUACUGGAGGUACUGGCGCUGCUGGAGGUCCUGCUGGUGUUGGAGCUGCUGGAGGUGCUGGAGCCGCUGGUCCCGGAGGUGCUCGUACUGGAGGUACUGGAGCUGCUGGUGCUGGUGGUGCUGCAGGAGUUGGAGCUGGAGGUGCUGGAGCUGUUGCUGCUGGAGGUGCUGCUGGAGCUGGAGCUGCUGGAGGUGCUGCAGUUGGUGGUGCUGCGGGAGUUGUAGCUGGAGACCCUGGAGCUGCGGGUACUGGUGCUGUCUCUGCUGUUUCUGGAGGCGCUGCGCGGCCGCGGCCGUACUACGUUCCACUCCUUCAGCAGGUACUUGGCCUCCCGCAUUCUACUGGUCCUUCUCCUCCCCUACUGAGUCCGCCGCCUGUCCAGUCGCAGUCGCAGUUACAGCCAGCCUCUACACUACCUGGUCCUUCUCCUUACUCUGGACCGACUAGAGGUCUUACGGAGCGUCGUGAGCCUGAGUCUCGUCCUGCGUCGCCUGAGUCUCGUCCUGAGUCGCCUGUUCGCGCUGUUCGCACUGGUCGUCGUGUUCCGCAUGAGCGUCCUCUUCCUUCCACUGCUCCACUGCGUGUCCCUCUGCCGUCUCCUCCUGUGUCCUCUCUUCCUGACGGUCCGGACCCGGAGUCUGACUCCCUUCGUGCUGCUAGUCCUACUGUCACGCGUUUCCUGGCCACUGUUGUCACUGACCCUUCGUUUGAGUCCACUGUUGCGUCUGCUCUAGUUGCUGAGCUUGUUGACUUUGCUGCCGCCUGUCGUCUCGACUACGCCGCUAGUCUUGUUGCUGAGUCUGAGUCUGAGUCUUUCUGUCCUCCGUCCGUCGGUGGUGAGUGUGCUCUUGGCACGGACGUCCUUGAGGACAGACAGGAGGAGUUUGAGUGCUUCGCCGCUGCUUUACCUCAUCUCGUGUCCAUGCUGCUUGCCCCUGAGGGAGACCCGGAUGCACCAGACAUCCCGACCCCGCGCUCUUACGCAGAGGCGAUAGAGGGUCCCUACUCCUCUCAGUGGCAGACAGCCAUGGACACAGAGAUGGCUUCCUGGAAGUCCACAGGCACCUACGUCGACGAGGUUCCCCCGCCUGGGGCGAACAUCGUCAGUGGCAUGUGGAUUUUCAGGGUGAAGCGGCCGCCGGGUUCUCCGCCUGUCUUCAAGGCGCGUUACGUUGCACGAGGCUUCAGACAGCGAGAGGGAGUUGAAUUCUUCCAGACCUUCUCCCCUACCCCGAAGAUGACCACUCUUCGGGGCAGCCUGCACGAGGAGAUCUGGCUGCGCCGCCCACCUGGCUUCACUGGGUCGUUUCCUGCUGGUACCCAGUGGAGCCUCCGGCGGCCAGUCUACGGUCUCCGCCAGGCACCCCGUGAGUGGCACGACACACUGAGGACGACUCUUGCUGCUCUUGGGUUUGCUCCUUCUACUGCCGACCCGUCGUUGUUUCUACGCACCGACACCACUCUGCCGCCGUUCUACGUUCUCGUGUAUGUAGACGACCUGGUCUUUGCUACUGCUGACACUGAGGGACUCGCCCACGUGAAGUCGGAGCUGCAGAAGAGACACACGUGCACAGACCUGGGUGAGCUGACAAGCUAUCUUGGCUUGCGGAUCACCCGGGACAGAGCACAGCGCAUCAUUACCUUGACUCGGUCACACAUGGUGCAGCAGGUCCUUCAGCGCUUCCGCUUCACGUACUCCUCGCCACAGUCCACUCCUCUGCCUACCGGUCACUCGCUCUCAGCUCCACCUUCGGACGAGUCCGUAGAGCCGAGUGGCCCGUAUCCAGAGCUUGUGGGCUGCCUCAUGUACCUGAUGACCUGCACUCGACCUGACCUUGCCUACCCUCUUAACAUUCUAGCACGCUAUGUCGCUCCUGGCAGACACAGGAAGGAGCACAUGGAUGCCGCUAAGAAGGUGUUGCGCUACUUGUGCCGUACGUCGGGCAUGGGGCUUGUGCUUGGAGGACGGGCUCGAGUUGUCCUCACUGGUCACGCAGACGCUUCCUGGGCUGACGACUUGGCUACGCAGCGGUCGUCACAGGGUUACACCUUCAGCCUUGGCUCCGGCUCUGUUUCUUGGCGGUCUACCCGCUCGUCUUCUGUUCUCAGCUCCAGUUGUGAGGCUGAGAUCUACGCAGGGGCCAUGGCUGCACAGGAGUUACGCUGGCUCACCUACCUGCUGACCGACCUGGGAGAGCCGCCUCGUUCUCCUCCAGUGCUGUACGUCGACAACAAGGCCAUGAUUGCCUUGUGUCAGGAGCACAGACUGGAGCACAAAACGAAGCACAUCGCUCUGCGCUACUUCCUUGCUCGAGAGUUGCAGCAGCGUGGUCAGCUUCAUCUUGCUUACGUGGCCACUCGGGCCAACACUGCUGAUGUCUUCACCAAGGCACUUCAGCCUUGUGAUCAUCAGCGUUUCUGUACUGUUCUAGGCCUUGUGCCUACUGUGCCUCACUUGCUUACUUCUUGA